AUGCCCAAGGAGAAGGCUACUCGCAAGACCAAGGGUCGUGGUGUUGAGCGUAAGAAGAAGGACCCCAACGCUCCCAAGCGUGGUCUCUCCGCCUACAUGUUCUUCGCCAACGACAACCGCGAGAAGGUUCGCGAGGAGAACCCUGGUAUCUCCUUCGGUCAGGUUGGUAAGAUGCUCGGAGAGCGGUGGAAGGCCCUGAGCGAUUCGGAGCGCCGCCCCUACGAGGAUAAGGCUGCUGCCGACAAGAAGCGUUACGAAGACGAGAAGGCCAGCUACAACGCUGCCGCCGAAGAGGAUGAGGAGUCCUCUUAA